UAUGUUUUAAUUUUAAACAGCAGACAUCUUACUCUGAUACACCUUGGCGUAUAGGUACUAUAUUAUAUUAUUUCGUGUUAUGAACUUGUGCGCAAAAUUAUAGACAUCAAUACAUCAUCACAUCGUGUAUUUAACAUUAAUUGAUUGUUUCAACAAUGAGUAUACCGAUAUUUAAACCUGUAACCCACGUCAUUUUCGGUUUGGAUGGAACGCUAUUAGAUACGGAACGGAUUCAUAGAAAAAUGUUUACGAGAAUUGUCAAUGGUUAUGGUAAAGUAUUCCCUGAUGAUUUGCGUUUACAAGUUCUCGGAAAACAAGAAAUGGAUACUGCUAAUUAUAUUAUUAAAACAUUGCAACUUAAUUUAACACACGAAGAAUUAUUACAAAAAUUUCGCGACGAGGAAAAAAAAUUACUAAAAAAUGCAAGACUUAUGUAUGGAGUCGAAGAUCUUUUGGAGCAUUUCCAUCGACAGAAAAUUCCUAUGGCGGUGGCAACGAGUAGCUCAGAGGAAAGUUUCCGAUUAAAAACGGCUCAUUUGAAAGACAUAUUUUCAGUAUUUCAUCAUGUAGUCACCGGUUCUUCCGACCCAGAAGUAAUAAACGGCAAACCAGCGCCAGACAUCUUUAAAGUAUGUGCUUCCAGAUUUCCGGGGAACCCCAUGAGCAGCGAGUUCCUGGUGUUUGAUGAUUCGCCCAACGGAGUGACUGCGGCUCUAGCGGCUGGAAUGCAAGUGGUCAUGAUACCUGAUCCCAUACUGACAGUAUGGCAUAACAUGUCGAGCUCCAACGCUACGUAUGUGUUAAACUCCUUUGAAGAUUUCCGCCCGGAAAUGUUUUCGUUACCACCAUAUUUUGUUAGUUCAUCAAUGAAUAGAUCAUCAUUUAAACCUGUGACCCAUGUCAUUUUUGAUUUGGAUGGAACUCUGUUAGAUACAGAACGGAUUCAUAAAAAAACGUUUACGAAAAUCGCCAAAGAUUAUGGUAAGGAAUUUCCUGAUGAUUUACGUAUACAAAUCCUCGGAAAACAAGAAAUGGACGUUGCUAUUUUGAUUAUCGACAGAUUGCAACUAAAUUUAACACCCGAAGAAUUAUUACAACUAGCUCGUACCGAAGAAGAAAAAGAACUACGAAACGUACAACUUAUGCAUGGAGUCAGAGAUCUCUUGGAAUAUUUCUGUCGGCACAAGAUACCGAUGGCGGUGGCAACGAGUAGUUCAGAGAAAAGUUACCACUUGAAAACGGGUCAUCUGAAAAAUAUAUUUUCCGUGUUCCAUCACGUGGUCACCGGUUCUUCCGAUCCAGAAGUAAAACACGGCAAGCCAGCACCGGACAUAUUCAAUAUAUGUGCUUCCAGGUUUCCGGGAAACCCCGCGAACAACAAGUUUCUGGUAUUUGAAGACUCGCCGAAUGGAGUGACUGCAGCUGUAGCGGCCUGUAUGCAAGUGGUUAUGGUACCCGACCCCAUGUUGCCAAAAGAAAUGACCGAUAAUGCUACACACGUGUUAGAAUCGAUGGAAGAUUUCUGUCCAGAAAUGUUUUCAUUACCACCACGCGGUUCCUCAUGCUCAUGCUCUUCUUAAGUUUGAGUAUAAUAUUUUAUAGUAUUAUACUCGUAUCUUCGAAAUUGAUAAUUUUCGUUGUCAUCAAACUAACAACACAUAUAAACACACAUUUUUAACUAA